AUGUUCCUUUUGUAUAAAGGGGAACGGAAAAAUCCAGACAAGCAAAAGGACUUCGAGAAAAUUUUGAAGAAAGAAAUGGCGUACUUUGAGUCCGAUGGUACCAGAGGAGAAUACGUGACGCUUGCCUAUGAAUAUAUACUGACGGUUCAGCCUACUAGCUUAGAAGCCGAGAGUGCUUUUUCAGCAUCAGGAUAUAUUUGCAGUUCACUCAGAAGCAGGCUCGGAGAUGGUAAAAAAAUACCACUGUUGGAGAAAAAUACGUACUGCACGGGUACUUUGCGGGCGGGAGGAAAAGAAACUCCAGAAGAUGUAAGUAAGGCGAAACUAAAGCCUGGCGAAUCCGUUCAUCGAUAUGGAGGAAGUGUGUGUGUAGCUGUAAUCCAUAAAGAACUGGAAACUGCGGCUAUGGAUUACUAUAGCCCCCUGAACAAAAGAAUACCGAGCAGGAUAGAAAUCAGCGAGUCCUUUCGCGGUAACUGUGCGACAUUUAACUACCAGCGAAAUUCUGGUGAGGUUUAG